CAGGCUUGUCAGGGGCUGGCCGCCAAGGCCGCCGUCUCACGGCGUUGCUUAGCAACCCCGCCAGGACGGAAGUGAUCCCGCCCGGGUGGGGUCAGAGGCAGCAGUUCCGGGUCGGCGCCUGGCCGGGCGGGGCGGAACCAUGACCUCGCUCCGGGCCUUCACCUGCGACGACCUCUUCCGUUUCAACAACAUUAAUUUGGAUCCACUUACAGAGACUUAUGGGAUACCCUUUUACCUACAGUAUCUGGCUCACUGGCCAGAGUAUUUUAUUGUUGCAGAAGCACCAGGUGGAGAGCUAAUGGGUUACAUAAUGGGUAAAGCUGAAGGCUCCGUGGCCAGGGAGGAGUGGCACGGGCAUGUCACUGCUCUCUCUGUUGCGCCCGAGUUCCGCCGGCUGGGUUUGGCUGCUAAGUUGAUGGAGCUACUGGAGGAAAUUUCAGAAAGAAAGGGUGGAUUUUUUGUGGAUCUCUUUGUAAGAGUGUCAAAUCAGGUUGCAGUAAAUAUGUACAAGCAACUGGGCUACAGUGUCUACAGGACAGUACUAGAGUACUACUCAGCGAGCAAUGGGGAGCCUGACGAAGAUGCUUAUGAUAUGAGGAAAGCGCUUUCCAGAGAUUCAGAGAAGAAAUCAAUUAUACCAUUACCUCAUCCUGUGAGACCUGAAGACAUCGAAUAACUUUAAGCUGUGGUUCUCAGGCAACUUGCCAAAAAUAACAUUUAUGGACAAUUUAAAAUUUACAGCGCAAAGAGCAUCAAAUGUUUUGAAGGUAACAGAAAAGAUCUUGGAUAGAUGUGGAGAAGGCACAGGCUUAAAAAAGGAGUUUAGGCAGAGUGUUUUACUUUUCAUAAAGCCCCAAAAGCACCAAUAGGAAGUUUACAGUUACACUGCUUAUAUUUUGAUUUCCUGCUGUUUAUAAAAAAAACAGACAAGUUUAAACAUUCCACCAUCAUGUUUUAUACCACAUACUAAAACUUAGUGAUGGAAAAUAUCACAGCUUCCUCCUACUGGGCCUGAGAAUCACAGCUGUGAAUGUUCUUUUUUGUUCUAACAGUUGAAGCUCUAAGGGUAGAUAUGAAAAAGAUGAGGUGCAUAAUAAAAUACAAAUUCAGUGUGAUACUGGUUUGUGUAAAGUUGAGCCAUGGCUUUCUCUCACACUGCUUAUUUUGUCAUGUUCACAUGUAUUGUUGUAGCCUUCCUUAAUUAGUUUUCUCAUUUAAAAAUCAGCUUUGGCAGACAGUGGGAUAAUGUGCAUCAGUUACUGAUUAGACCAAUCCAGUUCUGUGUGUGUACUGUACAGUAUUAUUGGAGGUAAGUCAGCAAUGUUCUAAAAAUGU